CGAAUAGCAUUUCCGCUUUCAAAGUGAAACUAGCAUCCGGCGAGCACAGAGUUCACGUAAAGUUUGACAGUCGACGUUUACCUGACUUAAAUAACUUAAAUAAGCUUCCAAAAGUAAGUUUAUUCCUGUACGAAGACAACAUUGAGUACAUUUGUGUCCUGAAUCGGGAGUAAAGAGACACGUCGUCGAUGAAUUAACUCCAACUUGAUGUUUUAGUCAGAUUAUAAAGUCAUACCUGAAAGUCGGAAAGCUGCGGUGAACGCCAGUGUCUCUGAGAGAAGCAGAGGAGCCAAGAUCACACCUGCCUUUUUGACAGCUACAGGAGGAGGUCCCAUAAUCCACUGAAGUCUCUGGCGGGUCCUUUCGGCACCGGGAUGGACAGGCACACAUUGAUGAAGAUCACCGACGAGCUGGAUUCGUCCGACGUGGCUUCGCUCUGCUUUUUGUGCCGCGAUGUCGUCAAGACGAAAAAUCUAGAGGAAGUUGACGAUGCAAAGGAUUUGUUCAACCGACUGGAAGAAAGAGGUCUCCUGGAGGACUGCGCGUUUCUCGCCGAGCUGCUCAGCACAGUCGGACGAGAAGAUCUCCGCCGCCUCCUGUUGACGAACAGUCAGUGUGCGGCCGAAACGGAUGCCACCCCUAUGCUGUGUGAUUACAGGGUGAUGCUGUAUAAUAUAUAUAAUGACAUCACUCGAGACAAUAUGGACAGGAUGAAGUUUCUUUUGAGCGAUGAUAUUGGCAGAAGACAACUCGAGGAAUGUAAAACCGUGUUGGAUAUAUUUAUCGAAAUGGAAAAGGCCACCUUGCUGUCCAACACCAAUCUUGGCAAACUGCAUUCAAUACUGCAAGACGUCGAUCGACAAGUGGCAUCGACCGUGGAGAAACACGUCAACGCACGGCCACAGGCUCCGCCUUCUUCUGGUUUCAUCAUGAAUUAUCGGCAUAUCAACAACAACUUCCCACUCGUGUCCAUAUCAGAGACUCAGCCUUCUGAUAAAAGGGGGCAUAUUUCCUUCGAUGCGAAAAAAAGCAACACGCCCAACCUUUCUGAUCAGCAGACGGAGUACUACGCUAUGAAUCGUAACCCCCACGGUUUUUGUGUGAUCGUCAGCAACGAGGAUUUUCUGGGGAUAAAACUGCAGAAAAGGAGUGGAACCCGGCAGGAUGAGGUGGCUCUUGAGUCCGUGUUUUUCAAAUUGGGCUUCACAGUGGUUGUUCAUCGCAACUUGGCUGCAGAGCAGAUACGACGGACGCUAAAAGAACUUGCUCAAAGAAAUUUUUCAGACGACGACGCGCUGGUGGUGUGUUUGCUCUCCCAUGGAGAAACCGGCUCUGUCUAUGGGUCUGAUGGGCAAAUGGUGCCCAUACGGGACCUGACCGUGCCCUUCACCAGCGUUCGGGCCCCUACCUUGGCAGGGAAACCCAAGCUGUUCUUUAUCCAAGCGUGUCAGGGCACUUUCUACCAGAAGGGGUCUUUGCCAUGCCCUCCCAGGCCCAGAGAGAGCAGUGACGACGAGCAGAGUCGCUUUGAAACGGACGCAGGUCCCAUCCGGGGUGAGACCGUGCCCUCGGAAGCCGACUUCCUAUUUGGCAUGGCCACUGUGCCAGAAUACGUGUCAUUUCGAAGCAAGGUCACAGGCUCUAUUUACAUCCAAGAGUUGUGCAACCAGCUCCAACGAUCAGCUGAGAGCCACAAGGACGAGGACAUUCUCACCAUCCUGACACGGGUGAACAGGGAGGUCAGCAAAGGGGAGUAUUCGAGGUACAAGCAAAUGCCGCAACCCAAGUACACCCUCACCAAGACCCUCGUUUUAAGAUUUGCUGAUGCGGGCCAAGUGCCACCCUCCUAAGGUGCCGUAUCGCCCAGUACCUCGGAUGGUGCUCCAAGUCAGCUUGCAUAGACUGGGAUCGAAUGGCAAAGAUGAUGAUUGUUUAGUGGUUAAUAAAAGGUGCGGAAAGUAUAUCAUAUGUUUUCCUUCAUGAAAUGUUUUCGCAUAAGCAAAUUAUCCGUUAUGAUGCUGAUUUUAACGUUGUGGACGCAGUGCGGCUUAUUGGGAUCGCAACGAUGGACUUUAAUGGAAUCACCAGCAUUUCUGUCCUUGUUUACAUGGAAUUUUAGUUUGGUGAUCGAUCCUCAGCAUUCACACUAUUUAUCAGCAACAUGAUCUGAUCCCAAGUCCACAGUAUGAUUUGUGUGUGUGUUUGUGUGUACUUCUACUCUGUCAAGAUGGCUGUGAAAUAUGUCCUUAAAACAGCAAAUAAAAUGCUUUUUUCAACUGC